AUGGGACUUGGCGCUCUUGCUCAGGAGCGCACCCAGCCCUGGAGGCCACGGCUGGCCCAGGCCCACGACAGUUCGGACCUUCCUCCCUCACAGGCCCCUGCCUGGGGAGCCCGGAACGCGGCGCUCUGGGCCCGGUGCUGCCGCCCUGCGGGCUGCGGAGGGCGCCGGGCAGGGCGGAACUGCGGGGCAGGCGGAACUGCGGCGCCAGGGCUGGCGGCGGAGCUGGCGCGCCUGAACCGCGAGAAGCAGAAGGACGAGAAGAUGAGGCAGCAAGUGAGAGAGAACAGUCUUGAACUUCGAGAGUUAGAAAAAAGGCUAAAAUCUGCCUAUAUGAAUAAAGAAAGAGCUGCACAGAUUGCUGAAAAAGAAGCUAUCGAAUAUGAGAAAAUGAAACGUGAGGCUGAAAUAGCCCAAAAAAUGAGGGAAGAGUAUGACAGGGUGACAAAAGAAGAAAGUUCUGCAGAGCUGAGGCGAAACAAAGAGAAGAGGAUGUAUCAGCAAGAACUGGAGAAACAGCUCGAGGAGCAAGAGAGGAAGAAGCAGGAUGCUUAUGAAGAGUUUCUAAAAGAGAAACUCAUGAUUGAUGAAAUAGUAAGGAAGAUCUAUGAGGAAGACCAAAUGGAAAAGCAGCUUAAGCUAGAAAAAAUGAGAGCAACACAGGCAUAUAUUGAAGAAUUUAAAAAAGAACAAGCUCUCUGGAGAAGGAGGAAACGGGAAGAGAUGGAAGAAGAAAAUAGGAAAAUCGUGGAGUUUGCCAACAUGCAGCGGCAACGAGAAGAAGAUCGAAUGGCUAAAGUUCGGGAAAGUGAGGAGAAAAAACAAAGACUUCAAAGCAUGAUUGCCCAGAGCCUGAAAAGGGAACAGCAGAAACGUGAAGAACUGGAACAAGUACGACAAGAGCUGCAUGAGGAGGAACAAGCCGAGAUGGACAGGAAGAAGGAGAUGGAAGAAAUUGAAAAGAGAAUAAGGCAACGUAUAGACUUAAGGCAAACAUAUGAAGAGCAAUUGGCUUUAAAGAAGAUAGUGCAACAAGCUAUGCAAGAAGAGGAAGAAGCCUUCAGACAAGAGAUGUUGGCCAAAUUUGCAGAGGACGAUCGUAUCGAACAGAUGAACGCUCAGAAACGAAGAAUGAAACAGCUUGAACACAGAAGGGCUGUGGAAAAACUUAUUGAAGACCGCCACAAACAAUUUCUGGCAGACAAGGAACGUGAAUUUGAAGAAAGGCAGUUAGAAGAGAGAAGACAAGAAAACAUUCGUUUAAUUGUUGAAGAAGAGAGACAGAAACUCCUGAAAGAGCAUGCAUCUAAGUUACUAGGUUAUCUUCCUAGAGGAAUACUCAAAGAUGAAGACGACGUUAACAUGCUUGGGGAGGAAUUUAGGCUGGCCUAUCAGAAGAGAAGUGGCAACACGUCUCCAGCAGAGCACUGA